AUGGCCGCAGACGAAAAAAUGGACUUCUCCGCUGCAACCCUCGCUCCCGAUGAAGAGGCGCCAGUUGACAUCGAGCUUUGUGUGUCCUUGGUCUCUGGCAAGUCUUUCAGGUUGUCUCGACCCGGCACGGAGACGGUAGGUCAGCUGAAGCAAGUUGCGGCGGAGCAUUUUGGUCUGUCCGGUGAAGAAGUCCGAAUCCUCCAAGAUGGCAAGGCCGUUCCGGAUUUUUCCACACUGACCAGCCUUCAUGGUACCUCGGUGAACCUUGUGGCCUUGUCGCCGGGGUCCAUUGCCGCAGUCGUUGAGAGCCGAGUAGUGAUAGCCAGCGGGAGUACCCUGAGAAUUCAGUCACAGUAUCUGCCGCAGUUGGACUACUCCAAGACAACCCGCAGGAGCCCCUAUCAUGUUGAGUGGAGCCCCACAGAUGCCGCGCACCUUGCCCUAAGGAGUCAGAACAUGGCCUGGAUCCAUGACCUCUUCCAAGGAAAGGAGGUCUUCACCCGAGCCUGCAGAGGUGGCAGAAAUGCCUUCAAGUGGUGUCCCGACGGGAACAAACUUGCUCUGGUGGCCGGGCCGACACAGGUGGAUGUGUGCGUGUUGAAUCCCUUGAGUGACUUCCGCUUGGAACAGCGCUCGGAGACCCUUAGCGUCGCUUGGCACCCAGCUGGUUCUCACCUGGCGGUGGCCCAGCGUGAUGGCAUUGCAAUUUUCGACAUCGAGCUGCGGGCAGAGGAGAAGAUUCUGCUGUUGGGCAGUCGUGUGGAGCUCGUAGAUUGGCACUCUGAAGGCCAUCUUCUCGCCUGCGGGGAUGCAACGGGCGCCCUGCGCAUCUUAACCCUUGAGGGCGAGGCUCGAUGGCAGCUUCAGCAGUGCAAUGCGGCGCUUCAGAUGGGCUUACAAGACAACUUAGCUUGUAUUGCCUGGUGCCCCAAUCAGACCUUGAUUGCAUUCUGCUCAUGCUCGGGUACGGCUGUCCAGCUCUUCGAUGCGGAGUCAGGGAAGCUGAUCUGGAAGUCAGCGGAUUUGAGCUACUUCAUGGAUCUUAGCUGGAAUUAUGAUGGGACAAAGGUGGCCGGAGCGUGCCAGGAUGGCUACGUCUACGUCUUUGAUGUGAAAACAGGUGAGACAGUAGGCAGCUUCAACACUGGCCGCGCCAACUCACUGAGCUGGUCUAUGGCGUGA